GGGGAGAGGGCGGAGGCGCGGCCGGGCCAGAGGCUGUGGCGCUUCGUGCUGCGGCGUUUUCGGGACUUGAGCGAAGGCGCCUCUCGGCGAGCUUCUCCCCUCCCCCUGCGCCAGACCCCGCGCUCGUCUCGUGGCCAGGAAGGGAUCGUGACCGGGAGCGCGAGGCCGGUAGCCGCAGCGGGCGACAGCUUGAGGCGGCGGCAGGCGGGCGUCUGGUGCCCCCUGCUCGCCCGGGGCCCCUCCCCUGCGAUGGGGAAUGGGCUGUCGGAGCAGACGCCGCUGCUGUCGAGCCUUCCUCCCUUCCAGUGCUUCCACAUCGUGAUCCUGGGGCUGGACUGCGCCGGCAAGACCACGGUGCUCUACCGCCUGCAGUUCAACGAGUUCGUCAACACGGUGCCCACCAAAGGCUUCAACACGGAGAAGAUCAAGGUGACGCUGGGCAACCACAAGACGGUGACCUUCCACUUCUGGGACGUCGGCGGCCAGGAGAAGCUGCGGCCGCUGUGGAAGUCCUACACGCGCUGCACGGACGGCAUCGUCUUCGUGGUGGACUCGGUGGACGUGGAGAGGAUGGAGGAAGCCAAGACGGAGCUGCACAAGAUCACGCGGAUCUCGGAGAACCAAGGGGUGCCCGUGCUCAUCGUGGCCAACAAGCAGGACUUGAGGCACUCGCUGUCGCUCGCCGAGAUGGAGAAGAUGCUGGCCACCGGGGAGCUGAGCGCCUCCACGCCCUGGCACCUGCAGCCCACCUGUGCCAUCAUUGGGGACGGCCUCAAGGAAGGCCUGGAGAAACUGCACGAUAUGAUAAUUAAGCGAAGAAAGAUGCUGAGGCAGCAGAAGAGAAAGAGAUGAGCCGCUGGGGCUGUGAGGGUAGCUCCUUGUCAGCAUUUCAUUAGAACCGUUUGCAGCGCCUGGCCUGCUUGUCUGGAUCCUGUACAGCUUAACUGAUGAACAGCCAGCCUGGUGGAAAGCUUUGUGGACACAGGCCGCUGGUUCCCCCGCGAGUUCUUCGGCACUACAACUUUUCCUCUCUCUUUUUUUUAAGAAACAAAAACUCCCUUGUUAGGUAACGAUCAGGAAACAGAUGGGUGCGUAAAUGUGACCUGGAUCUCUUAAUAGCCAAAUAAAACGACGGUGGUGUAGUCAUAUGUUUGAGAGUGCCUUUGCAAGGAAAUUGCAUUUAAGGCAUAUAGGUGUUUUCAAACUACUGCUUGUAUAAAUGGAGUGUAGUAGAUGAAGAUAUGCAGCUUUAAAAUAGUACCCCUUAACAUAACAUGGAAGCUGUGAAUGUGGAGGGUUCUUUAAUGAAAGGUUGGGCUGUAUGGUAUGCGUUUAGACUGGUCCUCUUAAAAUAUCACUUUGCACUCUGAUGAUUUGAGCUAUCGAUAUUGUGGUGGUUAUGUUAUCAGAAGCUUAAUAGAUGGAAAAGUUUGGAAUAUGUAAGAGCAUGGAUGAGUUUCCUGAUAAUAUAGCAUGUCUUAGUGUGUAGGGUUAUUUUUGUUUUUCUUAAAAAGAGAAGUAGCCGUGCAUUGAUUCGUUAUGCAGUGCUAGUCUGGGUUUGAACCAUACUUGGUUGUUCUAGGAGGCGAAGUUUGCUGUCCAAGAAAACCUUGAACUAUUAAAGGCAAAACUAAAUUAUUACCAUAAGGGACUUGGGUUUCAGGAUUCUGACGGUGCAAUAUUACCUUUAAAUGAAAUUGAUGGCAAUAAAAUUUGAUGGUCAGUAAUUGAAAAUAAAGCUACAUUCAGUAGAACAUGCGCAAGUUCCAUGUGCCCAGUUCUGCCAGCUUUCUUUUUAAUAUUCUUGCAGUACUUUUAGAAUGUAUUGAAGCUUUGUACACUUGAAAUAUUUUGACACUGUGGAAAAAAACACAAAAGUUAAAGAGGGCCUGUGUCUGCUCGAAUUAUGCUUUAAGCUUGUUUACAGUCAAGCAAACAGUGUUAACUGGGUGGGACAGUGUAAGAUAGAAAGAGGUUCUUUUUCUUACUGGUACACAUUUUUUAAAGAAACAGUUCUUUAGGCAGUUUGGGUAGCAGGUUAAAGGGCUAAUUCAAAGCCUCUCUCUACUGGUGCUGUGAAAUGUUAUUAGGAUAAUUCCACUUUAAAAUGAGAGAUCUCUGACAUGGGAACAAGAUUUCCUUCUCUUGGCACAACUGAUAAAAUGUCUGCGUUCUCAGUUAUGGAGGAGAUAACUACAGCUCUGAAUGUCAGUAAAUAAACUUAUUGAUACUUGUAUAAAAUCAAAUUUUAUAGCCAGAAACUGCUUAGAAGGUAACCAAAAAUGCACUUUAGUGUUUUCAAAUACUGAAAGUGACAGCUUUUUUUAAAAAAAGAUGAAAUCCUGGUCCUUUUUGAAAGAAUUAAAGUAGCUUCCAAUGGAGCUUUUGUAUGUUGGUUAUAUGUACCUGCACUAGUGACAUUGAAAGUCACUUAAUGUUUAUAUUUAUAGAAAUGUGGAUAACUUCUUUAAACCUCAAACCCAAUUCCAAAUGUGUCAUCAAAUCAAAAUGGAUAAAACAUUUUACUAUGUGCACAUCCUGCUUUUUAUCAGAAUUGUCUGCAUGAAACUGAACCCUUUUUCAUGUGAGAUUUGUAAAUGUGACAAUGUUAUGAAUCACAGGUAUCUCAUUAAAGACUUAAUGACAACUUG